UCGCUGUGAUAAGAAUAAUUGGUUACUAACAUGCCUAGAGGAUGCAAGCAAAAAAGUCAUAAAACUAUUAACCCAGAGACUUGAACCCCAAGACCUCUAUAUAAUUGAAAAUAGUGUACGGUUUAACCCUCGCGAGAUUACAACUUCAACCAUAAUCGAAAAGAUGAAACAUGAUAUAUUCAAAAAUGGUAAUUAUAAUAUUGUUAAUGGUAAAUUAAUAUUAUACGAGGAUAUGAAUAUGAGCAAGCGACACCACUUUGUGAAUGAGAUUAAUUGGAAUGAAAAAACAUCAUUUGAAUUAGUCGAUGGGGAUUUUUAUUUUAAGAAUCUGAGAUUAAAAUAUAAGGAACGAGCCGAGAGAAAGGGGAACCCCAGUGUUAUAACAAUGAUCAAUCGGUUACAGCAAGAGAAUAAAAGGGUACCAAGUGGACGUGUUAAUACUAUUGUUAAAUAUUUACCAGGUUCACGAGCAGUUGGUGAGAGAAUGAUACUAUCAGAAGAGUAUGAUCCCGAAAAGGAUAAAAUUGACACUAUAUAUUAUAUCAAAAAAUUCAAUUCAUUUAUCAGGUCAUAUCUAAAUAUUGAGGAAAAAGAAGCAUGGGGUCUCGUUAAUAGAUGGUAUAAUGAAGUUGUUAAAUCUUCACAGAUCCAGCAAGCACAGGAUACCGAUAACGAAGAAAGUGAUUCCACUGAUGAAUCAUCAAGAGAACCUAAUAAACGAUACAAAUGA